AUUUUAAAAUAUUAAACAAUCUUAACCCAUCUGUGAUGUAACUGAUAUAGAUAGGCACAUUUAAUGCGCUUUGUUUAUUGAAUAUGUAUGCAACUGUACACUGUAGGUAAUUUCACAUAACAUUUAAAUCGCUAUCUGGUGACGUGGUGUCAUAAAGAGUAUAAGGGCUACCUUAAUUAACCGACCUUCAUAAGAAUAAUACUUGAGUAUAGGAAGAACAAUGCCACGGAUGAGUGCCUAUUUAACACAAAUGAAACGAAAGUAGCGGUAGAUGUAAAGUUAAAAUGUCAACAAAAAGAAAAUCUUCAUCGUCCCGAUUUUUGGUGGCAGCGAUAGAUUUUGGAACCACAUAUUCGGGUUAUGCCUACUCUUUCAAAUCAAACUGGGCAAAAGUGUUAAUAAAUAAGUGGGAAGGCGGUCAGUUAGCCUCGUACAAAGCACCAACAGCUUUACUUCUCAACCCGGACAAGACUUUCAAUUCUUUUGGAUAUGAAGCGGAGAAAACCUACUCAGACAUUGCAAUAGACGGAGAUGAAGAGGGAAGAACGUGCAAGGACUAUUAUUACUUUUAUCGAUUCAAAAUGAUGUUGAAAACAACUAUGACCCAGAGAGUUAAUCGAAAAACAAUGUGCAAAGAUGAAAACGAGCGGGAAAUGGAAGCUAUGUUGAUUUUCACUCACUGUAUCAAAUAUCUCAAGGACCACCUUUUGGGUGUGAUAGCUAACAGCACACUAGGAGACAAAGUGGGAAUAGAUGACAUUGACUUUGUUUUAACAGUACCAGCGAUAUGGGACGACACAGCAAAAAUGUUCAUGAGAGAAGCCGCUGUAAAAGCUGAAAUACCCGAUCAUCAACUACAAAUUGCACUGGAACCAGAAGCAGCGUCCAUUUAUUGCCAACUGAUGCAUUUUGAUCCCGCCAAAAGUGAGAAAGCAAUUGAGAACUGGACCAGGGGACAAAUCAUUAAAUAUAUGGUCGUUGACAUUGGAGGUGGAACUGCAGACAUUGCGGUGCAUCAGCUACAAGACAAUGGAACAUUAGCAGAGUUGGUACCAGCAAGUGGUGGAGAAUGGGGCGGGACACGUGUGGAUGACGCCUACAGGGAUUUCUUAAAGGAUAUCUUUGGCGAUGGAGUGUUAAAGACUUUCAAGGAUGAUUUAGAAUACAAAAUAGACUAUAUAGAAUUCUGGCAAGGGUUUGAAGUCAAGAAAAGAGAGCAAAUAACGGCAAAGGCAACAGACAAGGUGCACCUCACAAUACCCCUGGCUUUGAUUGAAAUAGCUAAACAAGAGAAAAAGAAAUCGACAGGUGGACCAGAUACAAUAAUGAAUGCAUUAAUAAAAAACUCGAAACACAGAAGUAGAGGUAUAUUUAGUUCAGGGGGAAAACUCGUGCUUCCUAUUGAUUUCUACAAGGAUUUUUUUAAUCCACCAAUUGAUGAACUCGCGAUUCAUUUAUCUCAUAUGUUUGAGAAAGAGCUGGAGUCGGAUGUAAACAUCAUUGUGAUGGUUGGUGGUUUCUCCGAGUGCGAUUUAAUGCAAGAGAAACUGGAGCGAAAUUUUGGAAAUAAGCGGUUGGUGGUUCCGUACGAAGCAGGACUUACUGUUUUGAAAGGAGCUGUUUAUUUUGGCCACCACAAAGAUAUUAUUUCGCGCCGAGUCGCUAGAUAUACUUAUGGAAUUCAAACAUGGCCAAAAUUUAACAAAUCAAUUCAUUCACCACAGAAAAAGCAAUUGAUGAAUGGAGAAGAAAGAUGUAAAGAUGCGUUUUUAAAAUUCGUCUCCAUAGGAGACCCAAUAGAACCCGGGUUUAAGAAAUCCUUCUUUUUCCAGACUCUCAGGCAGGGUGAAAAAAUACUAGAGUGCAGUGUCUUUACCACAAAACAGAAAGACCCGAAAUACGUUGACGAUGAAGGGUGUGUCAAAAUUGGUACUUUGACAGUACCAUUAGCGAAUUCCGAACUUUUGGCAAAUUCAGAAAUCGAGGAAUCCAUCAUUUUUGGAGAGACAGAAAUAAGAGUCACUGCAUACAACAUUAACACUGGGGAAAAACAUGAGAUCACUUUUGAUCUUCUCUGAAUAUGCCGAACAGCAAAGUUAACCAUAUAUACUGCUCGGGAUCGGGAUGGCUGGGCAGCACGGAAUUUUUCUUAGUCUUAUAUAUCUAUCGUUUUUACUAAACUUUUACAACCAAGAGUCAACUUUGACGAUCACUAACGAUCCAUUUCAUCCCAGAAUACGCAAGUUAUCAGAUUGUGAAAUGUUGUCAUCAUCUCUGCGUAAACCAUUGAUAGUCGACAGAAAUGGUGGGAGAAAAUUCGGAGAGAUUUACCAAAACAAUGGAACUGAACUGAGUGUUCCAAUAACGUCAAGACCUUCUUUGAAGUCAUGUCUCUGUAUCAUACUAUUAUCGCAAUUCACCUUUGAAUUAGAACGCUUUGGCCGAUAUAGUAUUGCGUUGUGUGACGACACAAUUGAGUCUGUUUGUAAUACAAUUGAGAAAUGCAACAGAAACUCUCAUUGGUCCAUAUGUGUAAGUCCGCCCAAAUUUCCUUAUACGGGAGUAGUCAGCAUUUGAAAACACGACGGCCAGAUGCUAGAUGGAAAAAAAACUUCAAAAGAAGAAAGAGAAAAAGUUGUAUUCUUGUGUUGUUGUCUCAUAA